AUGGAUGGCAAAAAAAAAACAGCUAUGGGAAGCCUGGCGUGGAAUUGUAUGGCCAACAUGGAAGUGAGAGUCCUGUCACCAAGAUCUUCUUCCUUUCCAAUCAGGAGCCGAAGAGACGCAGCUGUGGAAGUCCCGAAGUAUUCUAGUGCUCUUAGCUAUUCUUUAGGUCGGCUGAUUGCUCUAUGUGAAGACAACUCAUUGCACCUGUGGGAGGCAAAUGAGAAACUUGGAGAGGGAGAGGAGCCAGGUCAAGGGCAGUGGGUGUUGGAAGAGGUGAAAUCCCAGGCUCUGGAAGGAAAGCUGAAGAAGAUCUCCACCUGCUGCAUGGAGAAAUCCCAAGAGCACCUCCUCAUUGGCACUGAGGGAGGCAACAUUUACCUCUUGGAUAUCAAGUCUUUCGAGAUGACAGAGAAGAUCAUUUACCAAGAUGUUGUCAUGCAAAAUGUCCCAGAUGAUUACAAGGUGAACCCAGGUGCAGUGGAGACAAUAUCAGAGCACCCCACUGAUCUGGACAAGAUCCUCAUUGGAUAUAACAAGGGUCUCUUGGUUCUCUGGGACAAAAAGAACCAGAAUGCAGAGAAGACUUAUAUAAAUAACCAAGGACUGGAAAGUGUCAGCUGGCACCGAUCAGGCAAGAAAUUUGUGUCUUCUCACAAUGAUGGUUCAUAUAUGAUCUGGUUGGUGGAGGAAGCAAGCAAGGCAGAUCAAAGCAUCACUCCCUAUGGCCCUUUUCCUUGCAAGGCCAUUCGGAAGCUCAUUGUGAACUCUGCUCCAGAGGGAGAUUUCCUGAUCUUCAGUGGAGGAAUGCCAAGAGCUUGCUAUGGAGAUAAGUGUGCUGUCACUAUCAACCAGGGAUCCAAAAAUGUGGUACUAGAUUUCACCUCACCUGUUGUGGAUUUCUUAACAAUCCAUCCUGAAGAAUCUGAUGAAGCAGCUCAAGAAUAUGACAAUCCAAUGGCUUUGCUGGUGUUGGCUGAGGAAGAACUUGUUGCUGUGGACAUGACAACUGAAGGGUGGCCCACAUUCCAUCUCCCCUACCUGGCUGCUCUCCAUUCCUCCUCUGUCACCUGUGCUCACUAUGUGGGUGACAUCCCUGAUGAGAUCUGGCAGAAGAUCCUUUCAGCUGGGGAAGCACAAGGACUUGUGGCGAAUCUCUCAGAAAAGGCAUGA